GCUAAUUUUUCUAUUUUGGGUAGAGGCAGGGUUUCACCAUGUUGGCCAGGAUGGCCUCAAACUCCUGACCUCAGGUGAUCCAUCUGCCUCAGCCUCCCAAACUGCUGAGAUUACAGGUGUGAGCCACUGCGCUCAACCUAAUUGUACAUUUUAAUAUAACUAAAAAUGUAAUUGGAUUGUUUGUAACACAAAGAAUAAAUGCUUGAGGAAAUGGAUACCCAGUAUUCCAUGAUGUGAUUUUUACUGAUUGAGUGCCUGUACACGAUAUCUUAUGUAUCCCAUAUUUGUGAAUAAAUAUGUAUUCACAAAAAUUUAAAAUAUAAAAAAAUUUUAAAAAUUGUAAAAUAUGAGAUAGCCUCAUAUAAAGGGUGAGCAGUGCUGUUAGAGAAUGAAGUAGCUACUCAGAUAAUGUUAUCCUUGCCAAAAAGUACUGAUCUUGUUCAAAUUAAUGAUUGUGUUAGUUGAGGUAAAUGCAGUACAAGAGAAUUUAAAUUGGAAUUCUGGCUACUUUAUAUACUAGUUUUAUAAGCUUAAUGACUGAGCCUCCACUUCCUAAUCUAUAAAAGUACAUUAUAAUGGCCAUGUUACAGAGCUGUUGUAAGCAUUGGGUACCAUGUAAAGCCCAGUGUUUACUACUGUGCAGGCACUGAAAUAUUAGGUGCUAUGUUGAUGGUAAUGAGAGCCUCUGGGUCCUGGAGAACCUUGGGUGAAUUAUAAAGGACUAGCUGCAGAGAAAAACCAAGGUAGUGUGGCCAGGAAGAAAUAGCUGACAGGUAAUAAUCAAAUUGUUUUAUAUUACUAACAGAACUGGAGUUCAUACAAAGCAGAGGAUUGGAACAAGCUGCUGGGUUUCAGGACUCACGAGACAGACCAGAAGUUUAAAUCAGCACCUGGAAUGAAGUAAAGAAUUAAGACGCAGAAAUCAAUUACUGUCAGAGUUUGAAGACUAAGUCAGAACUAAACUAAGAAGGGAGAGCAGAUUAGCAGAUUAAGAGCUUUUACUCAAGUGUUUACCUUUGGUCCGACCUUCCGAGCUGAAAAUUCUCAGAGCCGGAGGCACCUGGCAGAGUUUUAUAUGGUAGAAGCAGAGAUUUCUUUUGUUAACAGCCUUCAAGAUCUCAUGCAGGUUAUAGAGGAACUCUUCAAGGCUACAACAAUGAUGGUUCUCUCAAAUUGUCCUGAAGAUGUUGAACUCUGUCACAAAUUCAUAGCUCCUGGCCAAAAGGACAGAUUAGAACAUAUGCUAAAAAACAACUUUUUAAUCAUUUCUUAUACUGAAGCAGUGGAGAUCUUAAAGCAAGCAUCCCAGAACUUCACCUUCACCCCAGAGUGGGGUAUUAAUCUACAAACUGAACAUGAAAAGUACCUGGUGAAGCACUGUGGCAACAUACCUGUCUUCAUUAUUAAUUAUCCAUUAGCAAUCAAGCCUUUCUACAUGAGGGAUAAUGAAGAUGGCCCUCAGCACACAGUUGCUGCUGUUGAUCUUCUGGUUCCUGGAGUUGGGGAACUCUUUGGAGGAGGCCUCAGAGAAGAACGAUACCAUUUCUUAGAGGAGCGCUUAGCCAGAUCAGGACUUACAGAAGUCUACCAAUGGUAUCUGGACCUUCGUCGAUUUGGAUCUGUGCCACAUGGAGGUUUUGGGAUGGGAUUUGAACGCUACCUGCAGUGCAUCUUGGGUGUUGACAAUAUCAAAGAUGUUAUCCCUUUCCCAAGGUUUCCUCAUUCAUGCCUUUUAUAGCUAGAAGGUUGGUUAAGGAAAAGCACCCCAUGGCAGAGGCACUGCACAGGAUUGUGCAGACAGUAGAAUGCAUGUUUGGAUUUUAGAAAUGCAGAUUUCAACAUGUAAUUGUUGUGCCAUAAGAUAUCAUAGAAAAAAUAUAAGUGGUUGUGAUUUUCUUAGAAAGUUGAGGGUAUUUCAUGUAAGGAUGAGCUCCCCCAAGAAGAGGUACUUAUAGCAAGGGGACUCUCAAAUCCAUUACCUCAAUUAAGAAGAAAUGAAGAAAUUGAAUUAGAUAGUCUCACAGUUUCUUUUAAACUCUAAAACAGAAUGAGAUAAUGUAUUUUACUUUGUAAUCAUUAAAUCAUUCCCUGUGUAAUUUUUGAGAACCAUCUAGUAGCUCAAAAUGUUGAGAUCUUUUCUCCCUUGUCAUAUACUUUGUGAUAAAUCCUUAUCUCAUUUUCAGUACUUUCCUAAACAUUGCAGAAAAAAAAAUAUUCCUUAAAGUCUUAAUUGAUUUAACGAAGUAGCUAUUCUGAAUUGAAAUCUCCUUUCAUUGAACUGGAUGAAAUAAAUCAGAUUUAAUAACUGUUGCUUUUCCAUUUUAAAAGCUAUUGAGAUAUUACAUUAAGUAUUUCAACUCUUUAAUCACUGUUGUGUUAUAAUUUGUUUAUAUUUGAUGUUUAUAAUUUCUCUAAUAAAAUCGAUUUUUUUUAUUG